AUGGUUCCAUCAGCAUCCCGGGCCCGCCAGGCUUGGUCGCGCGAGCUUCAAUGCGUCGCAACAGCGCAAUGCUGCCCGCGCGGCAAUCGCGCAAUUUCAACAAACUCCGCCAUUGCCCGCGGCUUGCGCGAGACCUCCACGCUUGACCGACGCUACAGUGGAGAGAAAAGACGCCCUCUAUUUCGUAAGGAGUUGGAAGAGUACGACAGGAGGAGGGAUCCAGUAUACAAGGCCAAAAAGCACGCAGAGUUUUUAGAAAAGAGGAGGCUUGAGAUGGGUAUUGCGCCGGGAAAAGAAUUAGACCCCGACGGGGUAGCUAGGUUUCAAGAGUGGCAGAUGGGCAGAAAACCAGAACGCGAAGGAAAUAACGACCUGGUCGCCAUACCCUACACGACAGCGGCAUCCAAGUUUCUAUAUGGAGUUUCUGCCGUGCGAGCAGCACUCAUUGCCAGACGAAGAAAAUUCUACAAGCUUUAUAUCCAUGAUCGUGCUAUCCGACGAUCACAGUUUGCGGGCAGAGAAGACCGGAAUAAUACAGAACAUGCGAGGGAAUCGAAGGAAGAAAUAUCGGAGACACUGGUCGAUCUUGCGGCGAAUAUUCCUGGCCUUGAGGUGAAGAUGGUCACAGAUUCAUUCCUGUCUGUCAUGGACAAAAUGAGCAACAACAGGCCACACAACGGCGUAAUCCUCGAAGCAUCCCCACUCGCCGUCCUCCCCAUAACAAACCUACGACCCUGUAUACGAACCCGCCCCUCGUUCAGCUUCGAGCUCGACAGGCAAAGCCCCGAGGAAAAGCGCAUCAACGGCACGAACAACCAACUCCCCUACAACAGCCACGGGUGGCGCUUCCCCCUCCUCCUCUACCUCGACAGCAUCGUCGACGAAGGCAACCUGGGCGCCAUCAUCCGAUCCGCGUACUACUUCGGCGUCGACGCCAUCCUCGUCUCCACGCGCGGCACCGCCCCGCUCGACGCCAUCGCCAUCAAAGCGAGCUCCGGCGCCGCCGAGGCCAUCCCCAUCCUCUCCGUCGCCAACCCCCUCUCCUUCCUCACCCGCAGCGGCCUCAACGGCUGGCGCGUCUACGCCGCCGACGCCCCGCCCCCGCCCCGCGACAACUUCAACGUCACGUCCGACUACGCCGCCCGCGCCCUCGACCCCCCCAACACGUCGCCGCUCGUCUCCUUCAUCCGCCCCACCACCCUCGCUGUCCUGCGCGACCACAGCCCCCUGCUGGAGCAUCCCACCAUCCUCAUGCUCGGCGGCGAGAGCGCCGGGUUCCGCCGCAGCAUUCGGGACAAGGCGAACUACCUCGUCGGCGUCAGAGGCACGAGGGGCCUCGAUAUUGGUGUGGAUAGCUUGAAUGUCAGCGUCGCUGCGGCGCUGAUUAUGCUGGAGUUGUUGCGGAAGCCGAAGAUGGCGGAACGGCUGAAUGGGGAUGCUGAGAGGAGAGUGAGGGCGAGACGGGCGGACAACAGGGCGAAGGAGAAUAUCGAUGAUAUGGUGAAUAAUGAUGAGAUGCUGUUCUAG